CUUUUUAAUCAGAAAUGCCUAAGGUAGCAAAAAUUAAGGUGAUGAAAUCGAAAGAAAAAAAGGAAUGUGAUAGGAAAUUUCGACAAUCUUCCAAGCUUGCAAUUCGUUUUAAAGUACGCACCGAAAAGUCAUCCUUUAGAUGUGAUGUUUGUGAAAAAUUGUUUUAUGACCCUGAAAUAUUCAAUAGCCAUAAGUUUUUGCAUGUUAAGGAAAAGCCUUUCAAGUGCUUGAUUUGUGAAAAGACAUUUAGUAGGAUGUCAUACCUUAAAUUACAUGAAAAUGUUCAUAAGGAAGAGAGACCUUUCACAUGCAAUAUAUGUGACAAAGCUUUUAAGCAGCCGAUUGAUGUGAAAAGACAUAUGGUUGUUCACUAUGAAACAAAACCUUAUAAAUGUAAUAUAUGUCUUAAAUGUUUCAAGCACAACUCCACCUUAAAUAGUCACAAAUCCGUUCACACUAAAAUAAAGCUAUUCAAAUGUAGUGUGUGUGACAAAGCAUUUGCAACAAGUAGUAAUCUGACAACUCAUGAGCGUGUCCAUAGCGGAGAAAAUCCUUACAAGUGCGAAGUUUGUUACAAAACAUUUAAACAGGCUAGUCAUUUAAAGCAGCACUUUAUGACGCACACCAAAGAAAGGCCCCAUGAGUGUGACAUAUGCAAAGCAACAUUCGCACGUGUAUCAAACCUGAAGCGCCAUCAAUUGAUUCAUACUGGAGAAAAGCCUUUCAAAUGCGAUGUUUGUGAACAGUCCUUUGCUCGUACCACCGCCUUAAUAGAUCAUAAAAAAAUCCACACUAACGAGAAGCCUCACAAGUGCAAAACAUGUAUGAAAGACUUUAGGCAACUUGCGGUAUUGCGGAGACACGAAAAAACACAUUUGAUUAAAAUCAAACAGAAGAAGGCGCGCAAGUCUUGAGAAUCGAGAUUAAAAGUAUCUACUGUUUAAUAUAUCCACUGUUUAAUUACUUGUAUUACACUGUAAUUUGCCAGCAAUUCUGUUUUUACCGACCAAUUUAUAAUAAUUUAAUAUACAAUUGUGAUGCUUAAGCUGAACCAAUAUCUUUCAUGUCGAUGUCACAAUCAUUAAAUCAUAGCUACUUGAUUUUGCAUAGUAUAUAUUAUAAGUGUUUUAUAUAUGCAUAACAGAUAACAGUAUAACUGUCUUGUUUGUAUAGAAUAAGUAUUAAAUUUAAAGAUAAGAAUUAAAGGAUAAAUUUUCAAACAAAGUUUUAUAAUAAAGACCAAGAAAAAUAAAACUACAGUAAAAGCUGCAACAAGGUAUUUGCCAUUACUGCCUGAAUAGUUUUCUUGUAAAAAGUGUAUGAGAGGUUGCAUAUUGCAUUAAAACACCUCAGUUAACAAUUUUGCUUGUUUCAAGUGCAGCAAAUAUUUUGCCAUAUUAUUCGCAUCAGCAAAAAGUCAUUUAAAUGAAAAAUUUGUAAAUAAUGUAUUCCCACCAUAGUAUUAUGGCAUUCACUUUAAACCUGUUUCUACCAUUUUAAUAUGAAACUAGUAAUAUAAAAGUUCUAAAAUAAAACUCUAAUUAGUAGUUUAACAUCACUGCAAGAUUUUAUAAAUAACAAAGCAAGUCCCUGAAUUAUCCAUAAACCACAUUUUGCCAAAAAUUACAGCCCCAAACAGUAUUAAAAGCAUGAUCAUACUUCUUUAGCAUUGUAUAGUCUUAUAAGGUAAAAAUAUUUAAGUAUAAUUUUCUUGGAAACCCAUUUUUGUGGUCCCACUGCUUUAAUAUCAUAGAGUGCAUUGCAAGGAAAAAAUCUGCGACAUGGUUUUGUAUCAAAUGCAUCUUUUUGCGUAGCAUAAUAUUAAUUUUAAACACCAAGUAAAGUAUAGAUCUUUGUGGGAUAGUUAUUUUUAUCUUACUGUAACAAAGGUACUACAGAAAGAACCACUAAAUGUUAUAUUAAUUCAGAAAUUGUAUAUAUUUUCUAUCUAUUACUUUACCUAACCUUUAUUUACUUUAUUCAGCAGAUACUUUGUUCUUGGUUAGUAUGUGUUUACAUUUUGUGUCUGGAAAAUUUUAAUGGCACAAUGACUAUAGAAAAUACAAGUAAGCGUAUAGCAUUCACUCCAGCAGAUGAUUUUUCAGACAAAUCAGUGGAUGAAAAGUUUGUGGCAAGCACUGCUACCUUGUACAACUUUGGUUAUGCACCAAAAAAGGUAAUUGAAUGUUUCCAGAAAUUUUGCUAUGACUACAACACACUUGCCGAAGCCAUAUCCGCCUUGCUAAAGCGGGAUAAGUUGUUAAAAAGAAAAUAUCGAUUUAUGACUGUUCCUGUGACAUAUCAAAUGCUAGCGAGGCCUACUAAUGAUGACCAACCAAAUGUUGUAAGAACAUCACUACUGAUGCUGCACAAGUAUAGUAAGGAAUGUCAUUACAAAUCAGUGUCAGAUGCCAUUGAAGAGCUAUUAAUGUCUCCUGUAAUGCAAAUGGAAAAUACCUGUGACAAUGAAAAUUCAGACAAAUGUGAUACAUCCACCCUUAGUGUGCUGACUGAUGUGGAAAAGGAGGCAUUAGUAAAAAUUGCUGAUGUACUUUAUCAGAAGAUUCAAGAUAAAACUAUAAAAAACAGAGAGAAAGUAAAAGCACGUCGCACAAAUGCCGCCAAAAAGCUUAAUGUUUCUUCAUCAUCGAAACAAGUAUCUGGUAUACUUAAUAAACCAAAUGUAUUAAAACUCUCUUCGCCUGUCCCUGUUAUGCUAGACCCAGACUACAGUCCCAGCAUGAAGGACCCAGCCAUAGCAUGGACUAAGCCUGUAAAAUCCACCGCUAUUUUGAAUCGAACAGAUCAAGCAAAACUCUGCAAAACUGAACCUCAAGCUCAAGUUGAAAAGGCAGAUGCCCAGCUAUUGUUUCCAUUAAGUAUAUUCAAACCCAGUUACUCUCAACCUACAUUGCAAAGUGACAAUUACAUUAAGCGGGCCAUGAAUGGUAUAGAACCAACAGAACAGAUCUUAUAUAUGCUUGAAUUUCUACAUUUGAUUCCCAGUGACAACUCAUAGGACAGAUUAAAAUAAUAGCAAUCCAUAAAUUACAAUAAAUCCAAUUACUUUCCAGGUUCGAUUUAUUUAAAAGCUGUUUUAAUUGUAAUGACAUACAUAAGAGACAUUUAACUCAGUUUUAUUGUUGAAAAAUUCCUAAAAUUCUUUAGACUCAGUUUUGUUUUAAGUUUAUAAAUUCAGUUUAAUUUACUUUCCAACGUUUCCUUUUUACUUUGUCACUGCCAAUUAACUUGCUUAUUGUCACCACAAUAAACAGAUUCAUU